UGAGAAGUGCUGAUUCUGUGUAGAAUUUGUUAUUUCAUGAGUUUGGAUCUUAAAAAAUCUUAGCUAACACAAUUUUAACUAAUAAAUAUUACUUAACAUGUCGCCGAGAAACGAGCGCAACACUCCCUGGAAAAAAUCAGACGUUCUGCUUCUGCUAGAUCUGUACGAGUCAGAGCCCGUUCUAUAUGACAACACAUUGCUGCUAUACAAGAGCCAAUCAUGCCGGCAGGAUGCCCUCGAAAGAAUUGCCAAGCAUUUUCCAAACAAGACAGUGACUGAUAUCAAAACUAAAAUUGGAAAUCUGCGCGGACAGUUCUCAAACGAGAAAAUCAAACUGAAAAGGGCCAAGAAAACUAACGAUCUCACGUACAGCCCAUAUUGGUUUAGCAAAAUACGGUUUUUGGAUAGCUUUCUAAAGACCCGUUCAAGUUCAUCGACAUUUUCGUUAUUUUCUGUAGCUUAGUACGGAUGAAAUAAUUAUUCAGGCAGAUCUCCCUUCAAAGAAGACCAAGCUGGACAAGGACGGUUCUUUAAAAACGGACUCUUUACAAACAGACUUAGCCUUACGAACUAAUCAAAAUCUAAGAAACAAUCAAAAAGAUGGUAUCAAUCAUGCUGGUAAAUACACACCAUCUAUCGAUGCCUUUGGGGAGUUUGUGAAAUCAAUCGCAGCUCAAGUUCCCGAGGAUAAACAAGACGAAUUCAUUCAAAAAUCUAUAACUUUCCUGUUUGCCCAAAAAAGGGUACUAAAA